AUGGAACGCGUCGACCAGAUCCACGAGGUACUGUCCGCACAAGUGCAGAGGAGGGCCGACUUCCAGGCUAAGUCUUGCACGGUCGACAUCGCUUCUUUCGACGCCGCUAUCAUAUAUUACCGCGACGACGUCGACUUCAAUGACAGCGUGGACGUAACAAACUAUGCACUUGCCAACGUACUUGACACCGGUGUAAGCGACAUGAAGCAUUCCGACGCCGAAACUUGCCGCCUCGCGCGGUUGCUAUUUACGCAUCAAUGCGACAAUCUGUGCGCCCAGCAAAGGAUACGCAUGGUUAUCGCAGAGAUCUACGCAGCACAGACGCACAUCGUCACGAGGGAGGACACGCCCGACCUGAGACUGCACCUUCUCGAGAGCGCAGCGCGCGAGCGCCAGGUCAAGCUGCUGCAGCCGGUGGUGCAGCCCGGCGUGGCGAGCUCGGCGGGGUUCGCCGGCCUGUCGGCGGCUCAGGACCGUCUCCGGGUCACUCGGAGGCGGCGCGGGGGCGCCUCCGGGUCACCCGGAGGCAGCUCAGGCGGUCCCGCGCCGCUCUCGGGCCUCACCCGAGCAGACCCAGACGAGGUGGUCAACCUGUUAGUCCGAGGGGCUGCAGACCUCCUCGAUGUGAUCACGCGUGACCUGCACUGCAAUGUUGCCGCGGCCAAAUCGAUCACGAUUGCCAACUCUGCCGGCUUGCGGAGCAAGCUGGCGAGGGCCCUUGGUCGGCACGCUGGCGUGGUCGCAUCUUCAGGCCGCAACUUAGGUGGCGAUUUGGUGCUGCCACGUCACUGGGAGUGCCAGGCGGACCUCACCGUUGCACCCGCAGUGGCCCAGGCGAUGCCUCUCGAGUCGCCGACCACCUGGAUAAUUGCCGCGGGUCAGGCAGGCGAGGCAGUGCGGGAGCUCCAGCGCGCCCUGUGCACGGCGUUCUCCACGCCCUCGCUCCUCAACGCUUCCUUCUGCUUCCCCGGCCUCUACAGACCGCGACUGGACGCUGGCGACCUGCUAAGAGUGUUCGAGGAGCUGUGCGCCUGCGAUGCCUUCCGCGGCGGCGGCGUGCUGGAGGCCAGGCUGGUCGCCGCGACCCUGGAGGGCCUCACGAGCUGGGCCCAGGACCACCAGAAGGCCGCCGCCCUGGUGCACCGGGACCAGCUGCGCGGCUUGCCCGCGCUGUUGAUGUCGCCGAUCAUGGCGGACUGCACGAGUCCAGAGACGUACAACCUCAUGGCGCGCGUGAUGAACCUCGUGGCGUGGAUGCUGCCCGAAGGGCGCCGGGAGCUGCAGGAGGUCAUCAUCGAGGACUGCUCGGAGGAGAAGGUGCUCCGCCACUGCCUCGUCGACCGCGUGCGGAGGCACUGCGACGAGACGCUGCGGCGCGCGCACCAGGCGCAGAGGUUGUCUCGCGAGAUCUGGGAGGGCCUCAUGCUGCUGCAGCUGCUCUGGAGCGCGAACGAGGCGAUCGCGAGGCGCAUGAACGAGUCGCUGCAGCUCCCACCUCAGGUGUUGCCGCAGUCCACGCUCGGGCUGAGCCUCACGCAGACGCUGUCGCAGCUGGGCAAUCUGCGCCACCAGUCCCUGGGGCACACGCUGUCCGCCACGCAGGGGACCAGCGGCGGUGCCGACCGGCUGCUGAUGGGCAGCCAGGCUGGCGCCAGCCUCGUGGGCCAGCUGAGCUCCUUCUGCGCCCCGAGCGUGCGCCCUCCGGUCCCAGCGGCGGAGUUCCACCUGCAG